AUGCUUCCCAGCUCGACCUGCCUGCGCCGCUCCUGGUCCGCGACGCUGUCCGCCCUCUCGCACCGCCCGGCGCUGGGGCGGGACUGCGCGCCGUCACCGUGGGCCCUGUCGCUGUUUGCCGGCCGAUCGAGGUGCCGAUCGGAUUUGAGCGAUGGCGCGGCCGCGGCGCGCCACGAGGGCGCCCUGCGGGCGGUGGCGCACGCCCGCGCGCAGGCUCCGGGGCUCGAGGAGGCGCCCACGGGAGAUUGGCCCUCCAAGGUGAUCGGACAGGUGAUGAGCGCCGAGGCCAACUUUGUACGAGUCAAGAUUCUGCAGAUGGGAGAAGAAGGAGCCUGUGCACCACCACGUUCUAUGCUGCUUUGUGUCGUGCGAUCUGUCCUGAAAAAGAUGAGGUGCACGGUGCUGGUGGGAGACAGGGUCAAGGUGAUUGCAGUAGAUUGGACAGAUGGCAGAGGGAUGGUGGAAGAGGUCCUUGAGAGGGACAGUGAGCUGGCAGUUCCGGGGGUAGCCAACGUUGAUCAUGUCAUGGUCAUGGUGUCUGCAGCCGAUCCACCAUUUGAGCCACGCCAGGUGACACGUUUCCUGCUGGCUGCCCAGUCCACUGCACUGCCUGUGUCUCUUGUGGUGAAUAAGAUGGACCUCGUGCCGCUCGAAGAGCAGCAAAAGAGGAUUGAGCAGAUGCAGGGCUGGGGACUGGCGGCGCUGCCACUCUCUGUUACUGCUGGCUUGGGAUUGGACCAAGUCGCUAGCAGCCUGAAAGGGAGGGUGUCAGUCGUCAUGGGGCCUUCUGGAGUGGGGAAGUCGUCAUUCAUAAACGCCCUGCGAAGUGAGUCAGUAGUUGUGAACCACCCAACUGAGGAUGUUCAGGGCAAUACAAAACUUCAGCCACUCCCAGCUGUCUCUCGGAAUGGCCGCAGUCAUGAGAGUUGCAAAGGCCCAUCACCAAUUGGUUCGGGAGCACAAGGGAGUGAGAGCAAGUUGCCAGCUGAUUCAGAACGGGAGGACGCCGACCUCCCACAUCCCUGGAAGCUGCAGGCCGUUCAAGAGGUGUCUGCCAUCGGCCGAGGGAAGCACACAACCCGGCAUGUGUCACUGUUAGAAGUCCCUGGGGGUGGCCUCCUCGCGGAUACGCCUGGCUUCAACCUGCCCGAUUUGUCCUCCAUCAGCCUGCAAUCCCUGCCGGAAAUGUUUCCCGAAGUGGCCGCCCGCCAGAGCGGCGGCCCCUGCCGCUUCAGCAGCUGCCAGCACCUCAGCGAGCCGGGAUGCAGGGUGCGGGGCGACUGGGAGAGGUACCCCAUCUAUGUGGAGCUGCAUGGCGAGGUGAAACGGAGGGAGGAGUACGAGCGGCGCACGCUGCAGCUUGGAAAGAAGCAGCGGGAAGGGAAUUUCAAGGUGAAGAUCGGGAAGGGGGGCCAGCAGGAGAAGGAGGCACUGUUGGAGAUGAAGAAGCACCGGAGGCGGUCGAGGAGGCUGGGACAUCAAGACCUGCAACGGUUAGUAUUAGAGGAACAGGAUAUGGAGGAGGAUAAAGACGACGAUGAUCAUGGCGCAGACGACUUGCCGGCUGCCCUUUCUUGA